AUGGAAGCUGUAGAAGAAGUUUCAGUGUCUGAUGCAGCUCCGUGUGUUUCAAAGUCCGAAGACAGCGAUGUUGUCGCUAAAGACUCUAAUGAGGUUUGUACGUCAAAUGGGGUUGAAUCCGCCGGAAAAAAUGAGGAAGCGCAUUCGGAUGUGAAUAACACUGAGAAAAUUUCUAGUGACACAGUAAACGAAGUAGAAGUUAAAGCUAACGAUAUACAUUGUAAUGAUAUUGAUGUCCCAGAAAGCGUCCCACCCAUCGAACACGAUGUAGUAGUAGAAGAAGUUCAUGAUAAAGACAUAGUUAUCGAAGAAAAUAUUGAAGAAGUAGAAACAGUUGAGACUGUUGUAACUGAAGUAAUUGUAGAUGAAACCGGGGCUGACUCUGAACCCAGCAAACAAGAGGUUGUUUCAGAAGCUGUAGAAGAAGUGGUAAUACCGACCAAUUCAGAAGAAGUGAAAUUCGAAACAGAAAUACUUAUUGAAGAAAAUGAUUUUAAUGAAAACGUUUUGACUAAUAACGAAGAAAUUGAUUCCUCGAAUUAUAUUUUAAAUGACUUGGCACCAAAUAUUGAAUUAAGUGAAGUAUUGAGAUCAUCGGAUGUUGCCGAUAAUAGUGAGAAUAAUAAUAGCACUGACAAACAAGAAGUAUUUAAUAAGGAGGAGUUAUUGGAUAUAUUAGAAGGAAAUGAUAUAAAUGAAGAAAAUGAUAAUAGCGAGUCCUUGAAAAGUAAUUCAAAUAAAUUGUCUGAGGCUGAAAUAGCAUUAAAGCAGCUUUCAAAACUUAAACGGCGAAGAAAUAAAACAAAAGUAGCAGAAAAGACACCAAAGGCAAACACAGUAAACAAUAAAUCUCAUAAAGUUGAAACUGAAGUUGUUUCAGAAAACAAGCCACAGCAAGAGGAACAAAAGAAAAACAUUGUCAAAGUGUUGGUUAUGGAUUGGGAAGAUGAGGAAACGGCUGAAGGCCAUCAGCCUAAUAACAUUGUUGAAGAAAGUGAAGCUCUGUUAAAAGAUACAGAAGAUGUUAAAAUGAGUCAGGACGAAGUAAUCAACCAGACUGGCAAUGAUGACCAAGUUACACAGGAUUCUUCUAUGGCUGAAGAUGCAUUACAACCAUCAGAUAAAAAUGAAGAAAUCCCCCCUCGCAGGCUGAGCAGAGUCAUAAAGAAGAAAGUCAUCUUUGAUCCUGACAACCCAGAUACAUUUACGAAAGGAAAAACUCCAGUUAAGAGCAAAGAAAUUAUUUGCAAUAAAGAUCAAACACCAUCAAAGAAAUUAAAGCCUGAGCAAAAUAUUCAAAUGCCUAAGUCAAAGUCACCUUUGUCUAAACUGCAGUGGAAAAAACCGUCUCCUAAAAACAACAAGCAAAACAAAAGAUUAACAGAAGUAGACAAAUUACUUAUGGACGAAGGGGCAGUGAACAUGAUAUACCAAUUGACUCCCGAAGCAACCAAAGGAAAGAAGAAUAUGAAAACCAAGGCUGAAUUUAUAAAAAAACUCCAAAGCUCCACACCAGAGGGCAAGGAAAUGAAGUUUAGAGAAAGGAAAAAGGAGUUAAUAAAGUAUGAAGACGGAGAACCAAAGAGAAUCCUCAGCGGCAAACAAAGAGCUUCCCUAAGCAGCUCGGUCAAGUCUCCUGCCAGCGAGGACUUUGAAACACAUAGUGCAGACGACUCCAUUAUAUACAGACGUCACUCAUCAAGUUCUUAUUCCAGCAGUUGUAUGAGUCCCCGCCGCCUCAGUGAUGUUGAAGGAGGCAGUACAAAUAGUAAUACACGAUUGUCACAGCAAUCAACAUCCACUGAAAGUCCGGCAGAAGUUAAAACAAACAGCAACGUAGAACACGAGGGGCAGCCAGCCAGAGACAUGUUCAAUCCCGAGUCAGAUAAUACGCCGGCUAGUGAAAUAAUAAACAAAAGUGAUUGUCUGUCUAUCAAAGAAAAGUUAAAUUCGAAACUGAGUUUAGCUCUCAACAAACGGAAAAGGGAAGCUUCUAAGAAUGAAAAACCAGCGAAACAGAAAAAGAUAGUAAAGACAGCUGAACAAAAAGAUAACGUUCUCAUUGUACCAAAAGAAGAAAUCGAUAAAUUUAAUUUCGUAUCGAUCACGCUUGAUCAAAGAUUAGCCAUUAUAAACGUCCAAAACACAGGGGAGAAAAUUGGGGUUGAGGUUUUGAAGGAGUUAGAAAUGGCAUUGAACUAUAUAGACAAAAGAAAAGACAUAUCAAUCACGAUGUUCUCAUCUCAAUGUGGAACCAUAUGCUCCUUGCUCGAUCUGGCGCUGCUGGUGAAUGAGAACAAAGAAAUCAGGGUUCAUCACGCUACAGAAUUAGCUGAAACUAUUAAAGGCCUGCUGAGUUCCGCGGCCCGCCACAGUAAGUUGGUGUGGUGCGGCGUGGCGGGCGCUUGUUCUGGCCUGUCUUUGUCGCUGGCCGCCCUGAGCGACGUGUCUUUAGCGGCGGAGGACGCGACCUUUGCCCUCACACGCGCCGGCUCCUCUCCGCUGCUCCCCGGGGCAGCUGUCCUCACAUCACGAUGUCAACUAUCGCAGGCACUGGAUCUGAGAUUAUGUGAACGACUUAUUUAUAUUCGGGCGUCGUCUAACAGCGUCGGAGGCGGUGUCGGGAGGUCUUAUAAGUCGCACGCUGUACCCGGACAGAUUCGACGAACAGAUGAUGAACAUAGCCAAAGACGUGGCUGCGCAGCCUGUGCAGGUGUGUGA